CUUUACCUGCCUGACACACCUACACUGGCAGGGAAUACAAAAGAACUUCCUGUGAAGACAGGAUCCAUUCGACUGAAACACAUUCCCAGUGCAGAGUCACAACACUGCUGAUUCCCAAGGCGCUGAGAUGUCCCCGAUCCUGCUGUUGGCUCUGCUUCAAGGCCUUUUACUUGGCACAUAUGGAUCUUCAUUAUGUGGGAUAAGGAUGCAGUUUGCUGGAGGGGGAUUCCUACAAUAUCACGGGGGAUUUGGCGAUGACACAGUGAUUAUUGAGAACCGACUGGAUGGUCUCAUUGUAAAAUCCGGUUAUCUACCUUCCACCAAUUUAACCCUUCAGAGUCUUCCUGGAAAUUACAUUUUCUGUGUGCACUGGUUCCCUGCUUUAAGGACCUUCAUUUUAAAAUAUGGUGUUCAGAACUAUUCGUGGCAUGUAAUGGAAAGAUCAAAUGAAAAUGGCAACACUUUUACUGUUCUGUCAAAUGAAACAUGCCCAGAGAAUACAACCAUGUCUAACAUGUCCUUUAACUGGAUAAAGCAGAAAAAUUCAUGUCGUUUUGUCUUCCCGCAUCAGAACUGGAAUAGUACCAAGUUUGUGGAUCAUGAAAUAUCUGAAAUCAGCCAACUACUGGACAAACCAGGGGUCGCCACCAGUGGCCGAGUGCUGCGGCGCUGGAUUGAUAAGACCCUCUCUGGGGUGCAGUUUAAAGGUAACAGUCACCACUUUGGAAAUGGUACUCUGCAGGCAUCAGUAUUCAAGCUCAAUUCUGUAGAUGUGCUUCGAUCCAUUCCAAAAAAAAUGGGAAUUUCUGUAUCUGUUCCAAAGCAAGUCAUAGAAAAGGCUGGCAGUGGCAAGAGGCUCCAUGUUGUCACUGUUCAUGGGACUUCAGUAUUUAAGGAUGCAGCCAACAGCACAGUGCUUGGAGACAAAGUGAUUGGUGUCAGUGUGGAAAACACAAAAGUCUCCAAUCUGUGUGAAGAUAUAAUGUUCAAUUUUGAGCAUGAGCCUGUAAAGACAAACCUAUCUCCAGUCUGCGUUUUCUGGAAUGAAUCAACUGAUGGAUGGAGUACAUUUGGCUGCAGAACGUUUCCCAAAGAAAAUCACACACAGUGCAACUGCAGCCAUCUAACUUACUUUGCUGUGCUAAUGCAAUACUCAAGCCAGAAAAUAUCAGAGGAGCACCUAGUAUCCCUUUCUGUUUUGACAUUUGUUGGAUGCACCAUCUCUUUCCUGGCUGCCCUUUUCACCAUCUGCUGGAACUUCUGCACCAGGAAGACACAUUUAAAUCCUACCCUCAAUAUACACAUGAACCUUUUGGGUGCAGUACUGUUAUUGGACUUCUGUUUCAUGUCAAGUGCAGUUUUGGGGGCUUUUGACCUCCCUUCUGUUUGCAAGGGUUCAGGAAUGCUGCUUCACUUCGCCCAGCUCUGCAUGUUCACAUGGAUGGGCAUUGAAGGAUUUAAUCUGUACAGGCUUGUGGUCAAAGUCUUUGAUUCCACAUCUUUUGCCACAAAGAAAUUAGCUGUGAUUGGCUGGGGCUUUCCGGCAUUAAUUGUACUUGUAAUUUUUCUAGUGGAUUUUGAAUAUUAUGGUCUUUACAGUAUAAAUGUUGACCGGCCAUCAUCGUGUAACUCCAGAGCUUCAAUUUGUUGGCUGACUGAACCAAUCAUUCACAAAGUGGUCAACUUGGGAUACUUUGGCAUCGUUUUCCUCUUUAACUGUGGAAUGCUGACUGUUAUGGUGGUGCGUGUCUUGCACUUGAUGCCCCACAACCGCAGGGAGCAAACCCAGUACUGUGUAACCCUUUUAGGGCUUAUCUUUAUGCUGGGGCUCCCAUGGGGCAUAGCUUUCUUUUCCUUUGGCGCUGUUUAUCUUCCUGUUCAGUACUUAUUCAGCAUAUUAAAUUCCUUGCAAGGCUUAUUCAUCUUUUUUUGGUACUGGGCAUUGUCUCAGCCCCAUGUAAAGCACCCAUCCAGGUCCUUGGACAGCAGCAGUGCAACGCCUGCAUCGCCCAGGAGUGACCAAAGCACACUGAUGUCCGAUCAUAAGAAGCUCCUCACCUGAAGAUUUCCACACUGGACUUCUGUGUUGUGCGAGUGCUUUUAGCUAUCUCAGCUAGUCUUUACAGUGCAACAUUGUGCAAGCACAAUACUAGGGAUCUGUUGCAGAUCUCCUGGAUCAAUUCCUUGUUCAUUCCAGUUACAGCACAGUCUGCCUAUUUUCAAUUGCUUGAUGAUUCUGUAGCACUUUAGGAAGCAGGUGUAGCUAGAUAUGACAUUUAUAAUCAUUUUUAGAAAGUAGUAUUGCAAUAAUGCCCAAGUCAACUAUGCCAUUUAUAAAAAUAAAAUGGUAAUACAUUCUGAUGAUGGGGCACACUAAAUCUGAUUGAUUUUAAGGAUUGAAAGUAGCCAGAAAGGACUUCAGUUCCAAAGAGCAGUACUGGUAAGGCAGUCAAUAUUUCAAAAGGUCAGACAUUGAACAUUGAGGACAAAUUAGACCAAGUUGUAGAAAUAAGAUUAAUAUAUAAAUGUAAAGAAAAAGCAAUGAAGAACAUGCCUACUGUUUGACUACUCUUUCUACACAUAUUUACAGUAUAGUAGUGAUCUAUGCAAUUGUACAGUAACUGAAACCUCUGAGAUCUGGUACCUUAUGAGGUUCAGGUAGGUGAGGGCAAAAAGAUACACUGCUUCCAACACUAUUAAGCACAUUAAUAAAUAUGCCAGCUAAUAUCAAACACAUUUCUAGUAUUGUACAUGCCCAAUAUACAGUAAAAAUCAGAAACUUUCCAUGUUAACACACACUUUGGAAAGGAGUUAUAGUAAUUUAUACAGGGGUUUAUAUAACUUAUAUUCAUAUUGUUCUCUUUCCCCUACAUGCUUUUUUGUCAUUAGGUUAAUUAAAAUGGGAGGCCUGCUAAUAGCAUAUGAUUUAUUUAAAAGUAAUUACAUUAACAAAUGAUAGAACAAGAAGUUUAUAAGAUUUUAGAUAUGGUACCACUGUUUACCAGUCCCCCCCCUCCAAAAAAAAAUAAUUUCUGUGAGUCUGGAGUAAUAUCAUCUGAAUUUGUGAUGUGUGCAAGAAAUACUUUUGAAUUAAACCACUCCCAAAGGAAGUCGCUAUAUAUCCUUGCCCUCCUCUAGCCAGCAAGGGGAAUACCAUUUUAUUAGAUCUUACUUUAAAUUUAGAGUUAUUAUGUGGACUAUAUAUGUGUGUGUGUGCUAUACAAGGAGCAGGUAUUUAUGUGUAGUUAGCAUGAUACUCAUUUUAGCCAGAAGACCAAUAGUCACACAUUUAUACUAAAAAGCAAUAAAUGUCCCUUAAUGCAACAAUACGGUAAAUGGAAGAAGGACAAUUGUCUGUGACAUUGUUGACAUGUUUGAUUCCCCCUAUACAUUCUGGGAGCACUGAAAAGAGACUUCUACUGUCUCACCUCUUCAUAGUAACCCAUAAUCAUCUAAAGGAGGCCAUUGACGCACAAUUUUUUUCGAUAUUCAGUACGUGUAUGGCAGGAGACCAGCCAAUCUAUAUUGGCAGAAGACAAGGAUUUGGCUCGUCCAUCGGGCAAGUUAGAAAUUUUUGAUGAUUCGAGCAUCAGCCUGCUAAAUUAUCAGAUACAGGUAGAAUUUUAUUGUUUCGACCUGUAUUUCUGAUGAGUCAGCUCUACACAUUUUUACUGAAAAUGAACAAUUGAUUGCAGAUAAGAUCGUAUUUGUAACAUCUAUGGCCACCUUAAGACUGACCUGUUCCCUCAAUUUGAGACAGCAGCCCUAUUCCCUCCACUGACAUACGCACCACCUGGAACCCAUGCAAUACGUCACACACCUCACUCACCCCUGUGACACAGAUAUUCCUGUGAUUCAGCCACAAUCUGUUUCCAAGUUAAUGUUUAGGGCCCAAAUUGGUGCACAAUGACGGAGGCUUUUUCAUUUUGAGCCAUCAGCUUCCUAUACUCUCCUAUAACCUAAACUCUUUGAAAAGCACUGGAUUGCACUGGGUACUGGAUGUUGGCAUACACAAGUAUUUGUAAGGUACAACAGCUUAAAUUAUUUACAUUGUCAACUGCAGACAAACCAAACAUUUCCUCUUGUGUUGUUAAGUGUUGUUAAGUGUUGUUAAGUUGUUUUUAUAAUAAUUAUGGGAUUGUCUUUCAUAAAAUAAUUGUAAUUUAGCACUUGUUAUGUAUAAAGUAUCAGGCUGCAUAGGCAGAUAGGUGCAUUGUGCCACACAAGUACAUAAAUACGGGCUACAGAAUAAAAGGCUUUCUUCAUGCUGUGGCCAUAUUGCAACUCUUAUAAGAAGAAUCUUCUACCAACUUCUGUUGGUACCAACCACCAAAGCAUAGUGGCAGCCCUCAGAAUCGAAUCAUCCUGGUGAUUGAGCUGCAUCUGAUACCAUUGAAGGAGCAAAAGGUUUAUGAAUGGCUCGUAGAAGAUGUACUUUACAUGCACUUAUAGAAAUGCACAGUUCUUACCAUUUAUCAAACUUUGUUAAACCUUGAUGUGUUUUUCUUAAAUAUGUUUUAUUUAGAAAUGUAAUAUAUUAUUUUUGUUGAUCUUGUAUAUAUGAUAAUUUUGCAGAUUUAUAGAGCAGUUUUAUGAACCAGAAAUAAAACAUAAAUGUAA